AUGGCGGGGCGCGGUCAAGGCGCGAGGUGCGGGCGGAGGCCGUGGACGUCCUGGCGGAGCGCGAGCGGGCGCGGGGAGGGGACGUGGUGCGCGGGCGGCGUGCGCGUGUGGAAUGGCGUGUGCGCGCACGCGGGACGAUGCCGCGGCCGUGAGCGCGUGCGCGAGACAGAAGGAGGAGAGGAGGAGGCUGAGGCUCACAGGGGCCAUAGGGAAAGGGCAAUGGAGCGCGGGGAGGAAGCCGGGGACGUCGCGACGCAGGGGAGGACGACGGCGAGGUCCGGGUGGGGGUGGCGCUCCGGCGUCGGCGAUGUGGUCCAGCGGCGUCAGAGGCGGGGCGGCGUGGUCGAGGCAGCGCUUCGGGCGGCGGGGUGGACGGCGAAGGGCGUCGGGGGCGGAGCCGGGUUCGAUCCCCUUGUCCCGAUCCAGAUCGGGAUCGAGAGCCGAGAAGAAAACCAACAAAAGGAGGCAAACUGGGAGAAAAUAUGUGCCUUCGAGGAGCACAAGAUCACACUUGAGGAGCAAAAGAGGAAGGACAACAAGAUCAUCGAGGAGGACCGUUUCUUGAUGAUGUAUUCAAAUGGCAUGAAACCAAUGGCAAGGGAGUUUUGGGAGUUGAAAAGAAUGGAGAUCAUGUUUCAGAGAAGGCAAGAGCUUCAUGAUCUUAUGGGCGGUGGUUGUGGUGGUGCUUUGGCCAAUGGAGGUGGUGGUGAUGCUUCCACCAAUGGAGGUGGUUGUGGUGGUGCUUCCGGUAAUGGUGGUGAUGGAUCUUCGUCCAAUGUUGAUGAUGGUGGUGCUAUGGCCGGUGGUGGUGGCGAUGAUCUUGUCAACAAUGGUCUUGCUUCAUUUGAUCACGUCUAA